UUUCUUCGGUUCGGUCGGACUCGCCUGAGGCACUGGACUUAUUCUACCUCUGUGCUUUCUUUUAUCUUUCUUUAAUAAAUAAUUACACGCUAUCUCCCGUGACACCAUGAGGACGUCAACUUUGGUCGCUGCUUCGGCCGGCACGGUCCUUACCGGCCUGCUGGCUUAUGCCAUUUACUUCGAUCACAAGAGACAGACCGACCCUGAGUUCCGCAAGUCGUUGAAGAGAAACAACCGUCGUCUGGCGAGAGCUGUGAAGGAGGAAGCCGAGGCUCAAGGAGCCCAGGAACGGGAAUCCAUCAAGAAGUCUGUCCAGCAGGCUCAGGAUGAGGGUUUCCCGACCGACCUUGAAGAGAAGGAGGCUUACUUCAUGGGCCAGGUUGCCCGGGGAGAGUCUCUCUGCGCUGAAGACGAGAUUCCAUUUGAAAGUAGCGGCGGUUCACAUAUAACCCUAGGCUCAGACAAGGUUGAAGCCGCCCUGUGCUUCUACAAGGCCCUUAAGGUUUACCCUCAGCCUAAGGAUCUGAUCUCUAUAUAUGACAAGACUGUCCCCAAGGAAGUCCUGGAAAUUCUGGCCGAGAUGGUCGCCAUGGACGCCGGUUUGAAGCUGGGCACAUUCACUGGCGAAGGUGGCAGUGCUGAGUCAAGCCAUGGUGUCGAGUAA